AGCAUCUGAUCCUUUCAGAGGUUGGUUUUCAUUUCAUUGCUUUGACUUUUUUUACUUCUUGUUUCCAUCAUACAUCAAAAGAACAUGGACGACUUGAAGAUUUCUCUCCCAGAUAUCUUGUUGGCAACUAAUAACUUUGAUGAGAACAACAUCAUUGGAAGCGGUGGAUUCGGGAAGGUGUACCAAGGCCAAUCCAAGCAAUAUGGCACCAUCGCCGUCAAGCGAUCUGAUCGUUUCAGCUCCCCCGGAGACCAUGAAUUCUGGAUGGAGGUUUCCGUGCUUUCAGCUUAUAAACACGAAAACCUUGUCUCACUCGUCGGAUAUUGCCACCAAGAUGGCAAGAGAAUACUCGUUUAUAAGCACGAAAGCAAUGGGAGUCUCGAUAAGCUUCUGCAAAGCAAACAACUAAGCUGGAUCUUACGUCUUCGGAUUGGUAUUGACAUUGCCCAUGGAUUGAAGUACCUCCAUGUUGAUAUUGGGUCUGAAAAAAGAGUUCUCCAUGGUGACGUCAAGAGUGCAAACAUCUUAUUGAAUCACAAUUGGUCAGCCAAAAUUUCAGAUUUUGGGUUGUCGAAAAUAAGAUCUGCGAAUGACCCAUUUACCUUUCUUACCUCCGAUGUUUGUGGCACAAUCGGAUAUCAUGAUCAAGAAUAUUUUGAGACAGGUGUCUUCACUCAAAAGUCUGAUAUCUACUCGUUUGGGGUUGUAUUGUUUGAAAUCUUGUGUGGAAUACCAGCAUCCGAUCAAGAGUAUCUAGGUGAGAGUCGAUCGUUAUCUAUAUUGGCCAAAAAACAUUACGAAAAUGGAAAAUUAGCUAAGCUCAUCGAUCCCGAUUUACAUAGGCAAAUGUACUCGACUUCCUUAAGUACAUUCUCAGCGAUUGCUUAUCGAUGCUUGAAUGAACACAGAGAAGAUCGCCCGACGAUGAGUCAAAUUGUGGUACAACUUGAAGAAGCUCUGAAUGAGCAACUAGUUGAAUCAAGUUUUAAUGGGUUACGGCACGAUGCACACAUUAAUGUUAGGGUUGAAGAUCAUCAAAGAGUUUCAACUCCCAAUGACGUCACACAUAAGGCAAUUCACCAAUCAAGGUCACAGAAUCACGAUGUUUUCGUGAGUUUUAGAGGAAUAGACAUUGACAAGACUUUUAUGGAUCACCUAGAAUCGACUCUUCUACAAAAAGGAAUCUACGGUUACAUGACUGAUGAGACACUUCACUGGGAUGAAUCCAUCACUCCUUCGCUCUGCAACAAAAUCAAAGAAUCAAAGAUUGUCUUGAUCGUAUUUUCCAAGAACUAUGCCAAAUCAUGGUGGUUGUUGAACGAACUUGCAUAUAUUAUGGAACACAAGGAUGAGAUGGGACAAAUCGUAAUGCCCAUAUUCUAUGACGUGGAACCCCUGGAUAUCCAAAAGCAACCCGAGGAAUUUGAAAGGACAUAUACUAAAAACGAGUUGAACCACAAGAAAGUUGAAUCAUGGAGAAAAGCACUGAAGGAUGCAGCAAGUAUCGUCGGUUGGACACUAAACGAUAUCAUGCAUGGGACGGAAUUCAUCAAAGUAAUUGUUAACGAAAUUUCACGUGGAUUGCUUCCCUCAAUGUCAAUGUCAAGUGCCAGUACAGCCCUAGUUGGAAUAAACUCUCGCAUGCAAGAUUUGAAAUCACAACUACAAGUCGGGGUCGGUGGUGUUCGCAUGAUUGGAAUAUGCGGGAGUUGGGGCAGUGGUAAGUCUACCCUCGCAUCUACUAUUUAUGAUGAAAUGCAUCAAGAUUUUGAAGGUUGCUGUUUUGUCAAAAAUGUUCAUACCAAAUCAAGAAUGUACGGUGUGAAAACAUUGCAAGAAAAGAUUAUCUCAAAGGUUUUGAAACAAAGAAAAGUGGUGUCGGAGAACAUUGAAGAAGGCAUCUCGAUGAUGAAAAGUAGCUUAUGCGGUACUAGAGUUCUAAUUGUCCUUGAUGAUGUCGAUCACCUUGACCACCUAACAAUGUUAGCAGGAUCACAAGACUGGUUUGGUCAGGGAAGUCGAAUAAUUAUCACAACUAAAAACAAAAACCUGCUAAAUGCUCACAAUAUAAACAUAAUAUACGAUGUGAAAUUGUUGAAUGAAGAAGAGGCUAUUGAGCUUUUUAGUAGGCACGCAUUUGGCACAUGUAGACCUGUAGAAGGUUACGAGAAGCUUUCACUAAAGAUGGUUUCUAAAUGUGGUGGUCACCCAUCAACGCUUGUAAGUCUGGGCUCUUUUCUGCAUGAUAAAGACAUGACUGACUGGUUGAGUACCUCAGCUAGACUAGAAACCAUCCCCGAUGAUGAAACUGUGGACUGGUUCAAAACUGGGGACAAUGGACUAUAGAGGAAUAUUUGUUCUUGGCUGGGUUUAUGAACAAAGAUGUGGGAAUGGAGAUGAUUGAUGUUUGUGGCCGUUUUAGGCAUAAAAUGUUGAAGGAAAGUUUCCCCAGUCAUCCUUUAGUUAGGAAGGCUGUUGAUAUUGUUGAGUAAGAACAACUGAAUCUCACUUGUAUUAUAAGAAACACUGUAUCUGUAUUGUAUAAACAAUCAGUAUAAUGAAAACCUACGGCUUUUCCCAGUUACUAAGGCAUUUAUAUAAGUGUUUGAUAAGAAAGACAUCGGGUAAUUGUUUUAAGAUUGUUUUCUAUGCACGAUUUGAUGCAAGAAAUGAGACACUACAUUUGUUAGAGGGAACAUCAUAAAAAUCACGGGUAACUUUGUUUACAUUCUUCUCAUGGCAACUCUAUCAUACGGAUGUGAAGAAUGAUUUUUUUGAAUGGUGAUCUAUUUGAGAAGGUAUCUUAUCUCCCUAAUUAUGUCCGAAGCUACAAAUUCUCAACAGAACCUUGCACAGUUGCACCCUUGCUAUUUUUCAUCAUCUGUUUAAAAUAACAAUUCAUCUUGAUAUCUUGCAGCUCUGAAAACCUAUCCUUGUGGAAUAUGAUAUUUGUUACCUUACCAUCUUAUUACUUAAUAAAGGCGAUAAUGUUGACACUUGUAUACUUACAUGGCUCACAACUGAUUUCUUAGAGAUACAAUUUCUCUCUGUUAGUAGCCAGGGAGAACGAGAACAUAGCAGGAACAAUGGAAUGGGUACACCCUACAAUGCGAGCCCUCAGGGGAAAUAUG